CAAUUUUAUUCAGAUCAAGCUUUAGAAACAGAUCAAUCAACACCAUGAAAAGAGUUUCACAAACUCAUUUCUCUGUUCUUCUUCUUAUUCUUCUUAUUUUUGUUUGGCUUCCAUUGAAGAUUGCUUCUUCACCAAGAACACAAGCAGCGGCUCUCAUAACAUGGAGGAACAGCUUGGUGUUGGAACCAUCUUCUCUGGAUUCAUGGGACAGCAACAACAUCAACAAUCUUUGCAACUGGACUAAUGUUGUCUGUGACGGUUCCAUAGGAGAAGUCUCUCAAAUAGACCUCUCCAACAUGGACCUCAAUGGAACAUUGGACAAGUUCAACUUCUCUCCAUUCCUUAACAUCACCGUCUUCAACCUCAACAACAACAAACUCACUGGCUCGAUACCAACAACCAUUGGUAAUCUCACCAAGCUCACUUUGUUGGACUUGAGUGAAAAUUAUUUUGAAGGAGAAAUUCCAAUGCAGAUAAGUCAAUUCUCAGAGCUUCAAUAUCUUAGUUUGGACAACAAUUAUCUUGAGGGUCCAAUUCCUUUCCAGCUUAGCAAUUUAAAAAAGGUAUGGUACUUAUCACUUGGAGCAAACUAUUUGGAAAAUUCAGAUUGGUCUAAAUUUUCAAGCAUGCCUUCCUUAACCUACCUUGAUCUUUAUAAGAACCACUUUAGUUCAACAUUCCCAGGUUUCGUAUCAAAGUGUAGGAACUUGACCUUCCUUGACUUGUCUGAAAACAGUUGGACUGGGUCAAUUCCACGAUCUGUAUUUUCCAAUCUUGUUAAACUCGAAUCUUUCAAUCUCACAGAUAACAAAUUUGUGGGACAUUUGUCAUCUAAUAUUUGGAAACUUUCUAAGCUCAAACACCUUCAUUUACACACAAAUUUCCUCAAAGGUAAAAUUCCUAGUGGAAUUGGUCUCCUGCAUGAUCUUGAGGUUCUUGAACUACAUGAAAAUUCCUUUAGUGGGAGUAUUCCUUCUUUUAUUGGCCAACUCAAAAAUCUAUUACAUCUUAAAGCUUUGGAUCUUUCUUAUAAUAAUCUCACGGGUCCAAUUCCAACUUCUCUAUGCAACCUCAAAAGCCUCAUCUUCUUUUAUGUAAAUAACAACAAUUUCACUGGUUCAAUUCCUUUAGAGAUUGGAAACUUGAAGAAACUUCAAAUACUAGAUCUUUCUAAGAACCAUCUCACGGGUCCAAUUCCAAUCUCAUUAUGCAACCUCAAAAACCUAAUCACUUUUUAUGCAGAUACCAACCAACUAUCAGGAGUAUUGCCAGUUAAUAUUUCAAGGUUGAGUAACUUGGAGGAGUUAGCUAUUUUUACUAAUAAUUUCACUGGUUCAAUUCCUUCAGAGAUUGGAAACUUGAAGAAACUUAAAAGUUUGGAUUUUUCUGCAAACCAUCUCACGGGUCCAAUUCCAACCUCAGUAUGGAACCUCAAAAGCCUUACCUCUUUUUAUGUAAAUACCAACCAAUUAUCAGGAACGUUGCCAGUUAAUAUUUCAAGGUUGAGUAACUUGGAGCACUUAUUUGCCUUUACCAAUAAUUUCAUAGGUUCAAUUCCUUCAGAGAUUGGAAACCUGAAGAAACUUAAAAGAAUAGAUAUUUCUGAGAACCAACUCACAGGUUCCAUUCCAACCUCUUUAUGGAACCUCAAAAACCUCAUUGUAGUACAUUGUUUUGACAACAAUCUGGUUGGAACCAUCCCGCCAGAGAUUGGAAAUCUAGAAUUCCUCACAAGUUUUGAUGUUGACACCAAUCAACUAUCAGGAGAGUUACCAGUUAAUAUUUCCAAACUUAUUAACUUGAAGGUGUUCAAUGUUCUUGGCAAUAAUUUCACUGGGGAAAUAGAUAGAGACUUUGGGAAAAACAAUCCUCAUUUGAACUUCGUCGGGUUUGCUGACAACAAUUUCGUUGGAAAACUACCACAAAAUUUGUGUAGCGGGUUCAAUCUAGAGUAUUUGGGUGUAUAUAACAACAACUUUACAGGACCAUUGCCCAAGUGCCUGAAAAACUGCACCAAAUUAAAUAGAGUAAGGCUUGAUGGGAAUCGAUUCACAGGCAACAUCACCAAUGCUUUUGGUGUUCACCCACAUCUUGAUUCCAUUUUCUUAAACAACAACCAAUUCAUCGGCCACAUCUUAAGUACGUGGGGACAAUGCCAAAAUCUCACCACAUUACAGAUGGGUCAUAAUAAAAUCUCUGGUAAGAUUCCACCUGAACUUGGGAAUUUGAUGAAGUUGCAACUCAGUUGGAAAAUCUUAAACUUUUGUACCAGCUUAAUCUCAGCAAUAAUCAUUUAACGGAGGAAAUCCCUAUGAAUCUAUCAAACUUGAGUGGGUUACAGUAUCUUGAUUUGUCGACAAACAAUUUAGCAGGUAAGAUACCAUAUUGGCUUGGUAACUUUGAAAGUUUACGUAGCUUAAACCUCAGUCACAAUAUUCUAUCAAGUGAAAUACCAUCAGAGCUUGGUAAUUUGGCCUCAUUGCAUGAAGUAUUGGAUCUUAGUAGCAAUUUACUUGUUGGAGUGAUACCCUCGAGCCUAUCCAAGCUUACAAUGCUAGAAAUUUUCAACAUCUCCCAUAACCACCUCUCAGGUAUUAUUCCACAAUCAUUUUCCAACCUAAUAAGCAUAAGUUACAUCGAUUUUUCUUACAACAACUUGACGGGUGAGAUCCCCAUUUUCCAAAAUGCUUCAAAAAGUAUUUAUGAUGGAAAUCUUGGAUUGUGUGGAAAAGCUUCAGGACUUAAACCCUGCAAAAUGAAAAGAAAUAAAACUAGGACUAAUCUUAUUUUAGUCAUUUGUCUUGUUUGUGCUGGUAUAAUAGUGUUUGUUACUGCCAUUGUAAUCACUCUCAUAUUGUGUUACAAAUUCAAAGUUUUGGAUAAGAAAAGGAAAAGUUCUAACCUAAAUGACACUCGUCAAUCAUUGAUAUGGGAGAAAGAAGCAAAAUUCACAUUUGGAGAAAUUGUAGAUGCCACUGAAAACUUUGAUGACAAGUAUUGCAUUGGGAAUGGAGGUUUUGGUACUGUUUACAAAGCCAUAUUGAGAUCACAUGAGUUAGUUGUUGCGGUUAAGCGGUUGCACUUGUCAGAUUCAAGUGAGAUUUUAGAAGCUAGUCGUAUUAGUUUCGAGAAUGAGAUUCGAACUCUGACAGAAGUUCGACAUCGAAACAUGGUAAAGCUUUAUGGAUUUUGUUUAAGAAAGGGUGAAAUGUACUUGGUGUAUCAGUAUGCAAACAGAGGCAGUCUAGGUAAAGUAUUAUAUGGUUCAACAAAUUUUGAUUGGGAUUCAAGGGUGAAGAUAGUUCAAGGAUUGGCUCAUGCAAUCUCAUACUGUCAGACUUUGGUAUAGCACGAUUGUUGAUCCCUGACUCGCCCAUUUGGACAAAUGUAGCUGGAUCCUACGGCUACAUGGCCCUAGGCAUGGCAAAUUGAAGCUUUUUCGCGGAUCGGGUCGGGGCCCCGACCCGACGGGGCAGUCCCGCCCCGACACAAUCGGGUCUCUAAUCGGGUCUUUGCCCCGCCCCGCCCCGCCCCGGUUAAAUUUUUUCGGGUCGGGGCUGACCCGAUUCGAUAAUUUAAAAAAAAAAAAACCAAAUUUUACUAAAACCCUAAAUCCUUAAACGUUAUUUCUUCACUGUCUCGAUAAUUCAAAGCCCCAGACCCCGACUCCCUCGUCUCCUUCCUCAAACGACAUUUCUUCACUAUCUCGAAUUUCCAGCAAACUACUUGCAACGAGUUGCAGAGACAAGGGUUCCUAGAGAACUAGAGAUAUCUCUCUUUUCCUCCCUCUAAUUCUCUUCUCCAGAGUGGAGCCAGCCGUGAUUAGUGGUUCUUCGCUCUUUUUCUGGUCUCGCUCCUCUUCACACCGACCUCUUCAACAUUGCUUCUUCAGUCUAACUCGAUCGCUUUCUCACUAAACCUUAGAAAUAUUAUCAACAACCUGAUCGCUGAUCGGACAUCGGAGCGGAGGCGUUUCACUCUCAGGUUUACAGUCUGUCAAAAUCGCAAGAGCUGCAGUUACUUUGGCCACAGGACUGUUGAAGAAGGCAGGGGCUGAGGCUACUCUAUAGUUUACUUAAUCACAAGAAGCUUGAUGACUGGAAUUUCAGGAUUCGCGAGCCUUGGACCUAAGACCAAGAACUUUGUAGUUGCCGGUGGAUUGACAUCAUUCGUCUUUGGGGUAUAUUUCUACACAAUGAGGGCUGUGGGAGGUACAGAUGAGCUGCAAGUGGCCAUAGAUAAGUUUGAGGAUCAGAAGAACAAGAAAGAGGCUGAACCAAAUUUGCCAUCAAAAGCUUAAUAACAUGUUUAAUUGUACUUCGUUUGUUGUCUAAAACGGAAAUAAGAUUUUUUUCGAUACUCUUUCUUUACAAUAAGCUUUUUUUGCUGGCGUAAUAUGUAAUAUUUCUUCAUUAAAUGUCUAACACUACAGAAAUUUUGUUCACUUACAUGCCAAGCACAUAUUAUUUUUAA